UUAAUUCACCCACGACCAACUUGUAUAAAAGUCCGAGUCACAGUCUCUUUCGAUUUAUUCAUCCCGACACACUCGAAAUAACUGUACAGGCAUAGUAGACAAAAUGUGCACCGUGUGCUAUUUGUGGUUUAUUGCGUGUUCUCUGUUGAUGACAAAUGCAAGCAUUUUAAAUGACUUACAAGAAGCGCAAAAGUUCAUGGAGCAGCUGGACUACGAUUAUUCAGCGGUGGUGGCCGACGCCGCAGCAGCAGCGGCACAACAGAGGCCCGUCGCCGACUUGUUGUGGUACGACUACGGAGGUGGCAGCGGUGUUAGCGGGGGCGUCGGCGGCGGCUCAAGCGGCGCCGGCUAUUACGGCGGUGGAUCUCCGGUCACGGGUGUGCAGGCCACGGCCGCGCUGUUCGGGGCCGACAAACGGGGCGGAACGACCCAGUCGAGCAACGGCGGCAUAUGGUUUGGGCCGCGGUUGGGCCGCAGAAAACGCCGUGGCGGAUCGCCGUUUAGCGGUAACGUCGUGCAUCCCGUGGACGGAAACGCGAUCGCGCCGGCCGCUUCGUCGCUGCUGCAACAAAAUCCGUUGGCCUCGGGCUCGACGUCGGCGGCGGCAGAGCAGGCCGCUGUCUCGGAUCUGAUCAACAACGUGCCGUGGGUGCUCGUACCGAUCAUCGAUAAUUCCCUGUACACUCAGAUACAGAUGAAGCAGAACGCGAGGAACGGCAGAUCGUCGGAGGAGGACGAUGACGACGUGGCGUCGCGAUCGCGGCACUCGGCCAGAUCGCCGCCGUACUCUCCACCCUUCUCGCCGCGUCUGGGCCGGCAGGCGAUCAUGGCCCAGCCGCAAGUGCCCAGGCUAGGCCGCGAAACGUUGCUGUACCGGCGAGACGCCAGAAACGCGUUGUACCAGCAGUCGAACGCGACGCUGCUCAAACAACAGCGACAGCAGCAGCAGCAGCAGCAGCAACAACAACACCCACUGCAAGCUGCCGCAGAAUCGGCGGCGGCGCAACGUCAGGCCGUGUAGACGACUUCCGUGAGGUGCAUAACUCGUGCUUUGAACCGAAAGUUGGGACAAGAACGAAACUCACACAUUCAUUAUAUAUGUUAUAUUAUAUAUUAUGAUUUAGCGUAGUCCGUAUUUUUCGUAGUCUAAUAAAAACGAUAAUGAUAAUAUUAUUA